UUCCGCUAUCGAGUUCGAACCUAGAGAAAGUCUACUCUAUGCUCCGAAUGUACUGGUGUGAAUAAGGCUAACAUCGGCUGCUAAGGAACGAUGCCCGCUACCGCGAUGGAUUCCCUUCUGACAUUUUGUCAAAGCUGUAGCGGCUCCGUGCGCGAGCUUCAACGUCCAUUGAGCUGAUGCGCUGCUAGCAACACACCGGACAUAGGCGGGAUGGAUGAGUUUUGCGGCUCGAAGUUCUGGGACUCGAAUCUCACAUGGCAUACGAAAGAUGCAGCUCCAGACCUGACAGUGUGUUUCCAAAGCACGGUGCUGGUUUGGAUUCCAUGCAUAUUCCUCUGGCUCGUGUCGCCCCUGGAAACCUAUUAUCUCAUCAACUCGCACCGCAGCUAUACCCCAUGGACAUGGCUGAACAUCACCAAAGUCGUCACAACCAGUCUCUGCCUCCUCGUGUGCCUGAUUGAAUUUAUAUUUGCUGGAGUACAAGGACUAAAAUACAACGAUGUUUUACCAAGUGUAUAUUUCUACACACCAUUCAUCAAGACCGCAUCCGUGUUUCUGGCCUUGAUAUUCACUUUGGCUGAGAAGCGGAAAGGCUUCCAGAGCUCCGGCAUAAUCUUCAUCUUCUGGUUCCUUGCGUUCCUUUGCGGCUUGAUCACUUAUAGAUCUCUUCUGCUGAGAAACUUCUCCGGCUAUGAGUUCAGCUUUCAGAUAUUUGAUGGACCGGUGUUUCUGGCAGAGAACCAACUGCCGAAUGUCAUAUUUUCUUGUUACAUGAUCUAUUAUCCCUUGGUGACGAUCAACGUGAUACUCAACGGUUUCUCAGAUGCCGCUCCCGUUUACAAGAGAAAAGCCAUCCCGAAAGACGAGAGAGAAUGUCCGGAGAAAGCAGCGUCUUUCCCCUCUAGGAUGCUGUUCUCUUGGUUCACGGAGCUUGCUGUGAAGGGCGCCAAGAAGCCACUGGAGAUGUCCCACCUGUGGGUUUUGAAUCACCAAGAUCGAUCGGUCAAUAUAGCGCGCGAAUUCGAUAAGAACUGGGUGAAAGAAAUUCGGAGCAAAGGCAUCGAGACCGAUGGAGACUUCAACGCUGUUUAUUCGUCUUCUACGGGAUCGAUCAACAUCGUUCCCAACGGCUCGUCUCACGCAGGUCCGUCAUCUCCCGAGCUCGCUACGGCGAAGUCUGCGAGCGCCAAAGUUUCCGGGGAUCCCGAAUUGCCAAAUAUCGUCAAUGCGCUUGCGAGAACAUACUGGCCAAUGUUCGUACUGGGAGCGAGCAUGAAGUUAUUCUACGAUGUGCUCCAGUUCGUUCAGCCGAAGCUUCUGGAGCUCAUGAUCGGUUUCAUUCAAAACCCCGAAGAGGAACUCUGGAAAGGAAUGCUAUACGCGGCUCUCAUGUUCAUAGGAGCCUCCCUGCAAAGCAUCGUCUUGUCGGUUUACUUCCACAGGAUGUGCAUCGUUGGAAUGCGCAUGAGAACUGCGCUCAUCUCCGCUGUUUAUAGGAAAUCGCUAGUCUUGUCGAAUUCAACCAAGAAAACGACAACUACGGGGGAGAUCGUGAACCUGAUGUCGAAUGACGCUCAAAAGUUUCUCGAGUUAAUGACAUUCGUGAAUAUGAUCUGGUCAGCUCCUCUCCAAAUCGCCCUCUCCAUCUACUUCCUGUGGCAGAUUCUGGGGGCAGCUGUGCUGUCAGGACUCGCUGUGAUGAUUCUCAUGAUCCCUCUCAACGCGGUCCUCGCCAAUCUACAGAAGAAACUCCAGACCGAUCAGAUGAAAUCCAAAGACGAUCGUAUUCGUUCGAUGAAUGAAAUCCUGAGCGGGAUGAAGGUGCUCAAGCUGUACGCGUGGGAAUUGAGUUUCCAAGACUUGAUCAACACCAUCCGCUCGAAAGAAAUCUCAAAACUGAAGGAGAUGGCGUACAUGAACGCAGGGAUCAGUUUCUUGUGGACCUGCGCUCCCUUCCUCGUAUCCUUGGUCUCGUUCCUCACCUACGUGCUCAUAGAUGAUGCAAAUGUUCUCGAUCCGAAAAAAGCUUUCGUUUCCUUGACACUUUUCCAUAUACUUCGAUUCCCCAUGAGUAUCCUCCCGAUGUUGAUCUCGCUCAUGGUCCAAGCCGCAGUAAGCGUCAAGCGAAUGAAUAAAUUCCUCAGUUCUGAUGAAUUGGAUCAUUAUGUGCGUCGAUCGGACUCUGCGCAUAGUCCUACAGCUGUUUCCAUAGAGAGGGGAACCUUCGCGUGGAGCAAAGCCGAAAGAGAACAACCAACCCUGAAGGAUAUCAACCUUGAGGUUCAGCGUGGGAAGCUGAUCGCUAUCGUCGGCACGGUGGGCUCCGGGAAGAGCUCACUGCUGAGUGCCCUACUCGGCUAUAUGGAGAAAAUCGGGGGAGAUGUUGAACUGAACGGUAAGAUCGCAUAUGUGGCACAACAGACAUGGAUCCAGAAUGCGACGCUGAAAGAUAAUAUCCUCUUCAACGAGGCGCUCGAUGCUCAGAAGUACGAAGCAAUCAUCGAAGCCUGCGCGCUAAAAUCCGACCUCGAUAUUUUGCCGGAUGGAGACCAAACAGAGAUCGGCGAGAAGGGUAUCAAUCUUUCGGGUGGUCAAAAGCAGCGGAUAUCGAUUGCCCGAGCUUGCUAUUCGAAUGCAGACGUCUUCUUGCUCGAUGAUCCGCUGAGCGCCGUCGACUCGCAUGUCGGGAAACAUAUAUUCGAGAAAGUCAUCGGCAACCAAGGCAUCCUCAACAAGAAAACGCGAAUCCUGGUCACGCAUGGAAUUUCGUUCCUACCACACGUCGACCAGAUCAUUGUUGUCGAUGACGGCGAGAUUCGCGAGCAGGGCACAUAUCACGAGCUCCUCGCUAAGAAAGGAGCUUUCGCUGACGUUCUGAUGCAGUUCAUCCAAGAGGAGACGGAGGGCGAAGAAAUCGAUGAGUUGAAGGUGAGCUUGUCGACGAGGAAUGAUAAUAAUUUGGAACGAGAUCGGAAGCUUAUUCAGGCCGAGAUGGCGGAAACUGGUAAAGUUCGAUGGAGCGUCUAUUUGACGUAUUUCUCAGCAAUGGGAUGGAUCCCUGUGGUGGCCGUUGCAUUGUUCAAUCUCGCCUCCAACGUCUUCUCGCUCCUCGCCAACGUGUGGCUGGCAAGUUGGGCGAAUGACAAGCCCCUCGAAGAUGGGUCCCAGGACAUUGGUCAGAGGAACAUGCGCCUCCAGGUUUACGGGGCUCUGGGCCUGAGCCAGGGAAUCACGAUUCUCUUCGCGUCCCUCGCACUCGCCCUCGGAUCAAUACGUGGAGCGAGAACUCUCCACGCGAACCUACUCUACAACGUUUUGCGCAGUCCCAUGAGCUUUUUCGAUACCACACCGCUUGGUCGCAUAGUGAACCGGUUCUCGAAAGAUAUCGACACCGUUGAUCUGACGAUUCCUCAAACGAUUCGUUCGUGGAUAAUGUGCUUCCUCCAAGUCCUGGUCACCCUCUUCAUCAUCACCCUGAACGCUCAUUUUUUGGUCGUGAUUGUCCCCAUCGGGAUCUUGUACUACGCUAUCCAAGUGUUCUACAUAAAGAGUUCCCGUCAACUCAAGAGACUGGAGUCCGUGACCAGAUCUCCAAUCUAUUCUCACUUCUCUGAAACGCUUGCUGGUGUCACCACGAUCAGGGCGUACCAAGUUGAAGACCUCUUCGUCGAAGAGUCCAAUAAGAGGGUCGACGUCAAUCAGCAGUGUUAUUAUCCUUCAACCAUAUCGAACAGAUGGCUCGCGAUCAGACUCGAAUUCUGUGGCAACUUGAUCGUUCUGGCGUCCGCUCUGUUCGCUGUCUACUACAGAAAUGAUAUGGACGGUGGGAAAGUGGGACUCAUGCUGUCCUACGCUCUUUCGGUGACGGCGGUUCUCAACUGGCUUGUUAGAAUGAGUUCCGAUCUGGAGACAAACAUCGUCUCCGUGGAACGAAUCGACGAGUACACACGGAGCGCUAAUGAGGCUGAGUGGCGCAUCGAGGGCAAGAAGCCACCCAAGGAUUGGCCUCCGCGCGGUGAAAUCAUCUUCGACCACUACGCCACCCGGUAUCGCGAAGGUUUGGACCUGGUGAUCAAGGACAUCACCGCUCACGUGAAGCCGGGAGAAAAAGUGGGAAUCGUCGGACGAACGGGAGCUGGAAAAUCUACCUUAACUUUGGCUCUGUUCAGACUCAUCGAGCCGGCAAAAGGAAAAAUAUUCAUCGACGGUCUCGACAUAGCCGACAUGGGUCUACACGACCUGCGCGAGAAGCUAACGAUCAUCCCACAAGAUCCGGUGCUCUUCUCUGGCACGUUGCGUUUGAACUUGGAUCCCUUCGGAAAGAGCUCGGACGAAGAUAUUUGGAGAGCUCUGGAACACUCUCAUCUGAAGACAUUCGUGAAAUCCGUGGAGAAAGGGCUCGAUCACGAAGUCAGCGAAGGCGGGGAAAAUCUCAGCGUGGGUCAAAGGCAAUUGAUUUGCUUAGCGAGAUCUCUCCUACGUAAAACUCGCGUUCUCGUAUUGGACGAAGCGACGGCCGCUGUGGACUUGGAAACGGAUGAGCUGAUCCAGAAAACAAUCAGAACCGAGUUCAAAGACUGCACGAUCAUGACAAUCGCGCACAGAUUGAACACUAUCAUGGAUUACGACAGAAUCAUGGUGCUCGACAAUGGAUACAUCAAAGAAUUCGACUCUCCGUCGGAGCUCCUCAAAAAUAAGAAUAGUAUAUUCUAUUCGAUGGCGAAAGACGCCAAUCUAGCAUAGAUUUGAUAUUAUAUGUACUUAUCAUAAACUCGCGAUGGAUCGGAGACGGGGUAGUCCACCGUCUCAAGAUCCGACGACCGACCAACAUACACAAGCAACUCAUGAUCCCUUGUUUUCGCGGGAGCCUUCCGAUUUUGAUAUCGUUCUGACUUUGAAUAUAUGGACGCGUAUGGUGCUCCACCCCACCUCGAAGGGUUGACAUAUUCCUCGAUGAUUUAAUUUAUCCGUUGCAAUUGUUAUACAGAGAGAUGUU